CGAGCGAGCGAGAGGCGAGAGAGCUGGCAGGCGCAGGGAGGAGGAGGAGGAGGAGGGUGGUGGAAAGUGCAUGAAGCGAGAGAGAGAGAGAGAGAGGGAGAGAAGCGGCACCGCGAGCGCAAUCUCGAGUUCCGAGACUUUCAAUUUGUCUGCGGACGAGGGACGAGGAAAUAGCGUUGCGAGAGAUCAACCGUUUGCUGUUUUAAUAGAUGGAGGCGCCACCUCUGCUGCAGCACCCUUACGCUAUGAUGCAACAGCAGCAACAGCAGCCGCAGCAUCUGUCUCAGCAACAGCCGCAGGGUCAACAAGCUCCCCAUCAGCAUCAGCAGCCUCAGCAGCAGCCCCAAGCUCCUGGGAUUUAUGAUCAGCAGCAGCAGGGUGGAGGUCAGCAGCAGCAGGGAGGAGGUGCUCUUUUGCAGUCUCCUUCGAGUAUGAAUAAUUCGUCCAAUAGUAUCAUCGGCCAGAAGCGUGACAACUCUGGCCAUCCUAUCAAUGCGAAUUCUCAAGAUUCGCAGGAUGGUGGAAAUUUUGUAAAGCUUUUUGUGGGAUCAGUUCCCAGAACUAUUAGUGAGGAAGAGGUACGCCCGUUGUUUGCAGAGCACGGAAAUGUUUUGGAAGUCGCUCUAAUUAAGGACAAAAGAACGGGACAACAGCAAGGAUGUUGUUUUAUCAAGUACGGUACCAUCGAAGAAGCUGAAAGAGCAAUAAGAGCUCUAAACAAUCAGCGAACGUUGCCAGGGGGCACAGCACCAGUCCAAGUGCGCUACGCCGAUGGAGAACGAGAACGUCUUGGUGCCGUGGAACACAAGCUAUUUGUUGGAUCUUUGAAUAAGCAAGCUACAGAGAAGGAGAUCCAAGAACUCUUCGCUCCCUACGGUCGAGUCGAUGAUGUAUACAUCAUGCGAGAUGAGCAGAAACAGAGCCGAGGCUGCGCAUUUAUCAAAUAUCCUACCCGGGAGAUGGCUACUGCGGCAAUCACUGCAUUGAAUGGAAUUUAUGUGAUGCCGGGAUGCGACCAACCUUUGGCUGUGCGGUUUGCUGAUCCCAAGAGGCCUAAAGGUGGCGACACAAGGGUUGGUGGCCCUGGAUUUGGGGGACCAGGUUUUUCUCCACGGCCGGGAUCUGUUGGAAAUAGACCUGCACCUGCCCCGAUGGGCGGACAAAUGGGAGGUCGAGGGCCACCUAUGGGGUGGAGACCUAUGGGAGGUCCCGGUAUGGGACCUCAACCGCAGUUGGGACCAGGUUAUGGAGGUGGUAUGGGCCCAAGAGGGGGACCUGGCAGCGGGCCGUCACCUAUGGGUGGUCCUCUACCCGGACCAAAUGGCCCCAUGAACGGCCACCCUCAAGGUCCUAUGGCAGUACCAGGUCAAAUGGUCGGUCCAGGAAUGCUGCCACCUACACAGCAACAGGGUUAUUAUCAGCCAGCCAAUCAAAGACAACCGCAGAAUUAUGGACAGCAAAGUUCUCCUCAACAACAGCAGUACGGACAACUGCCUGCUUCGCAACAGCAACAGCCGCAACAACCGCCCACUCAGCAGCAACAGUUGUUGUCAAUGCAACCACAGCUACAACAACCUUUGCAACUCACACAAGUGCAAGCAGCUACUCAGCAACAACAUGCACAGCAACUUCAACCUCAGCAGCAGCUACAACCCCAGCAGCAAUUACAACCUCAACAACAGCUGCAACAGCAACAGCCGCAGACCAUGAUGCAACCUCAAAGCCAGCAACCUCAACAACAGCCAACUCAGCAGCAGGCACCAUUGCAGCAACCCCAGCAACAGCAGGUAUACUAUCAGGUGCCAGCUAUGCAACAGACACAGCAGCAGGCAUCGUGGUUGCUUCCGGUACAACCGCAAACAGUGGCUACUCUUCCACCCCCACCAGCCAUUCCUACCACUUGCGAAUGGACAGAACAUACUUCUCCUGAAGGUUACAAGUACUAUUACAACAGUUCCUCCGGUGAAAGCAAGUGGGAAAAACCUGACGAACUGAUAGCGUUUGAGCAACAACAACAGCAGCAACAACAGAUUCAACAGCAAGCAGUUACUACUCCUCAAUACUCCGGGUCCGCGGUCAUUGCACAGCACCCAAUACAGGGACUUAGUUAUGGGCAGCCACAAACUUCGAAUGGCUCUGUUGAUCAACCCAGGCAACAGGGACCUCCGGGUGCCAACUUAUUUGUGUUCCGCAUUCCUGAUGACUUCACAGAUGAGACCUUGAAAGAGACUUUUGCCCCCUUUGGGAAUGUCAUCAGUGCCAGAGUGGGCGUGGAAAGGGAAAGUGGGAGGAACAGGGGAUUUGGGUUUGUAAGCUAUGACAAUGCUGCAUCAGCUGAGGCCGCCAUACAAGGACUUAACAAUGUUGCCAUUGGUGGUAGGAGACUGAAGGUAGAAAGAAAGCGUGGUGAACAAACAACCAGGACAGACGGCGACCAGAACUUCCAACCCUACUAGCUUUAGCAUGUUUGCUCUUAGGACUCAUUCCGAUGUUUGUAGCAAACAUCAAUUUUCCACCCCCAGAAAUCUAGACUAGGAAAGUAGGAAUUGCAGUAAAGACUGCAUGUAUUUCAUUCCCCCCUGUAACCUAAAAUUUGGGAUAUUUGCUGUCAC